AGGAGCUGUAAUCGGUAAUUACCAUGGCAUCUUAUCAGACCCUCGCUCAAACUGUUAGAAUUGUUACAGCCGUGUUCUUUAUGUUCAUUCUACACAGCUCCAUUUCAGUUUUAGCCUAUAGAAGACACCCGUUCUUAGAAUUCGACGAUGCCUCAUUGUCUGGUACAACUGACCAACGAGAUGUCAAAGCAUCAAAAGGCAGCUACAAUAUACACUCUGCACAAGAAAAUGUCGUGUUACCACCUAGUAAACGGUAUGCAAGUCUGUCGUAUUACUAUGGUAACCGGGGAAACAGUCGAGGGUCGUCUCGGAACUACAAUAGAUACUAUCGUUCUAGAUACUACCAGAACUACCACAAGCCCUGGCUAAAUCUCGGGGACCGCGAGUGUUUCCGUGACAAGUGCCUGACGAACGACGACUGCUGCAGACGAUAUUCAAAGUGUGACAAAGACGCUCACGUGUGCUACAGCUGCUGGUACGGACAUCCGUGCAGUCAGUCACGUGACUGCUGUGAACAAUACUCAUAUUGCAACAAAAACCUCGGCAUUUGUCAGUCAUAGAAAAGCACCAUGUCUCAGUCAGGAACACACACUAACCGUUUCAUUACACAUCUUAAAGAAACACUUCACGUUUUCAAACUGCGAAUAAUUAAAAUUACACAAUAUAACAAAAUAAAUAACAUCAUAAACAGAACGAGUUGUGUCGGCGUUUAAACUUAAUAUAUAGGUAAGUGACAUUUUAAAGCCAACGAAACUCCCAUUUUUUAAACAUUAGGACAAACAAAACGUCAAAAGUGUAUGUCAAAUAAGACAAAAUACACUUGAAAUGGGUCCCUUAUUAAAACAAAGCUCAUGUUGGCUGUUGAAUAUAUGAAUACAUAUGUAUGUGUGCACGUUUUAGACACACAGCGGAUGUUAUUUACCUGUAAGAACGUAAAAAAGGACGUUCCAAUUUACUGUCACAUAUUCAAGCGUCCAUCUGAAUUUUAUUUGUUAAGACAUUUACACUUUCAACGUAGUAUUUGUGAAAAAUCAAUAUAUUGAUUGUCAAUGUAUUUUUAACACGUAUAUAAGCUAGAUUUGCAUUAAUUUACAUAUUAUACCAAUCAAGGUUGUGCUGAUUCAUCUAUUUAAAAUAUAUUUAUUGCGGUAUAUUUCUAGAAAAAUAUCUUUGUAAAACACCAAUCUAAAUUAAUAAGACUAAUAAAGAAGCAAAUAUA